GUAUGGUGUGGCUCUGCCGCCGGUGGCGCUGCCGUCUGGUCUCUUCCCUUUCUCUUUCUCCAAAGGCACUCUCCCUCUUCCCUCCCUCUCCCCUCAUCUUAGACUUGCCUUACCCUCAACAUCCAAACCCCAUCUUACAAAUAAUAAAAAAUAAAUAAAAAAAAAAUAAAUAAAGCAAAAAUCCCAUCUCCUGUCAUCCCAUUUCCCAUCCUGUAAAUCUCAGUAGAAUCUCCAUUAAAAUCAGAUUCUUUAGUAAUUGGGACACGUAUGCAUCACUCUACCUCACACAGGCAAAAAAGAAAGAGAAAGCUGGAACCUUCCUUCACUCUUCAUUCCCAUUUCCCAUUCCCAACCCAACCAGAAACACCCCUUUUUUUUUUUCCUUUCUCCUUUCUCAUCGCCUGGAAUUGGAUCCAUCAACCCCACUUCUCUUCUUGUUUCAUUGGAAUUGGAAUUGAAAUUGAAAUCUUGGGUUUUUGAUGCCAGAUCCUUCCUCCCACUCCUACUCCUACUGUCGCCCGCCAGCCAUUCAAUUCAAUGCCAGUUUCAUCAGAUCCAUUUAGAGAAAAUUAUUCAUCUCCGUUCUCCUUUCCUCCUUUGACAAUUGACAUUCAAGAUUAUUAGCAUUUUUGUCUUUUUUACAACUGCACCACUCACUGGACUGCAAUGUCAGGGGUGGUUGUUCAUGGUAAUGAUGACUUUGACAUCUCUGAGGAGGAUGAGAGGAGGACUUCCAAAAUUGGGAAUCUUAAAAAGAAGGCCAUUAAUGCUUCCAACAGAUUUACUCAUUCCCUCAAGAAAAGAGGCAAGAGGAAGAUUGAUUCCUCAACCGCCGCCCUACCACCUCAACUUUCUAUUCAGGAUGUCAGGGAUGCCAAUGAGGAGACUGCUGUUCUUCAUUUCCGUCAAACCCUUCUCCACAGGGAUUUGCUCCCUCCCAGACACGAUGAUUACCAUACCUUGUUGAGAUUUUUAAAAGCUAGAGACUUUAACAUUGAAAAAACAAGCCAGAUGUGGGAGGAGAUGCUUAGGUGGAGGAAGGAAUAUGGAACAGAUACCAUACUGCAGGAUUUUGAGUUUCAAGAGUUGGAACAAGUCUUGCAAUAUUACCCCCAAGGUUAUCAUGGAGUUGACAAGGAAGGGAGGCCUGUCUACAUUGAGAGGCUUGGGAAAGCCCAUCCCAGCAAGCUUAUGCGGAUCAUUACCAUUGAACGAUAUCUCAAGUACCACGUCCAAGAGUUUGAGAGGGCUCUUCAGGAGAAAUUCCCUGCUUGUUCCAUUGCAGCAAAGCAACGGAUUUGUUCAACCACGACUGUAUUGGAUGUACAGGGAUUGGGCAUGAAGAAUUUUAGUGUGACUGCCGCAAAUCUUUUGGCUGCCAUGACUAAAAUAGAUAACAAUUACUACCCUGAGACAUUACACCGGAUGUACAUUGUCAAUGCUGGUUCUGGAUUCAAAAAGAUGCUUUGGCCUGCUGCCCAGAAAUUUCUUGAUCCAAAGACAAUUGCAAAGAUACAGGUUAUGGAACCUAAAUCUCUGCAUAAGCUACUGGACGUCAUUGACUCAAGUCAAUUGCCUGACUUCUUGGGCGGCUCAUGCACUUGUUCAGUUGAAGGAGGUUGUCUAAGGUCCAAUAAAGGUCCCUGGAAAGAUCCUGAGAUAAUGAAGCUUGUCAAUAAUGCACAAGGAAUAUUUGGUAGGCAGAUCACCAGGGUAUUUAAUGACCAGCUAGAUCAUGACUCCUACAUUCGGAUACGGCCAUUAAAGGGAAGGACUAGUGACACAUCGGCUGCAGAAUCAGGGUCAGAUAUUGAUGAUCCUUGUUCUCCAGUUGAGCGAAGGAGUUUUGCAUUUCCUUGUUUAGCUCCAGUUCACGAAGAGGUUAAGAUAUCAGAUCCCAUUGCUUACUACAGUUGUGAUGAUGAUAAUCUACCUCUAGAUGAGAAAACUAUAGAAAGUGAACAAAAUGUGCAAUGGUCUCAGGAUCAGUUGCCCAAGUCAAGUGAUAUACACAGCAUCCAUCACCAAGAAGAAUCUUCAUCAAAUUCAGAAGUCUCAGGUGCCUCAGUCAUCCGAUGGUUUAACACACUCAAGGAGAAGGUUGAUAGAAGAACUAUUCACUGUGUGGCAGGCAUGCUAAUGACAUUUGUUGCCAAUUUGGUUGGCUUUUGGAGAAAGCUGAACAACAUUCAUCCCUCCAAUCAGAUACAAUCCAACAUGAAUAUCAAUUCAUCAGCCACUGAAGCUGAGAAUGAAGAAGAUCAUCUGCUUCCAUGUAUGGAGCGUCUUGAGAAACUAGACAAAGCAUUUGAGGAGCUUAGCAACAAACCUCCUGAAAUUCCAUUAGAAAAGGAGAAAAUGCUUGUGGAUUCUCUGGACAGGAUCAAGUCGGUUGAGUUAGACCUUGAGAAGACAAAGAGGGUACUACAUGCUACUGUGAUGAAGCAACUUCAGAUUACGGACUGGUUGGAACGUUUACGAGAAUCCAAAUGUCAUCGAAGAAGGUUGUUUUGUUGAAUAAUUAGAGCUCAUCUUAGAAGCUACAGAUGUAAAGAGACAACCAUUGCAGCAGGAGAGGGGGUCUAGGCAGACAAGCAUGCCAUUUGAGGGCGGCUGUGUGAGUAUCAACAUCGGAGAAGGGCUACCUACUUUGUAGUUUGUUCAUCUUCUUUUCACACCUAAUACUCAACUAAAAUUAACAGUUGGCUUGUACAGAUUAGUCCAAAAGGCAUCUCCAAAUAGUGUAGAGAAGAAAAAUGUAGGUAAUAUCCCACAAUAUGGCAUGUUUUUGUUAGUUUAUUGUUACUCCUCUUCCUAUAGACAGUCAUGUCUUGCUCCCGGACUGCGAUGUACUUAACAAUUGGUGAGUAUUAUCAAUCAAAUUUUGAAUCCUUA